GGGCGCGAGGGCGCGGCGGGGCAGCGUCGCGCGCGCGGAACCGCCGCCGGGUUGCUCCUCCGCAACUCUCCCGGAGCCGUUUGUGUCCCUGCCGGAGCCCGGAGCAGACUGAUUUUCGAAAAUGCCAAGUAGGAAAUUUGCCGAUGGUGAGAUGGUGAGAGGUCGAUGGCCUGGGAGUUCCCUUUAUUAUGAAGUGGAAAUUCUGAGCCAUGACAGCAAUUCCCAGCUUUACAUUGUAAAAUACAAAGAUGGGACCGAACUUGAACUGAAAGAGAGUGAUAUCAAGCCUUUACAUUCCUUUAAGCAAAGGAAAAGUGGUUCAACUUCCAGUUCUCCCUCCAGACGCCGAGGGAGUCGGUCACGAUCAAGGUCACAGUCACGGUCACGCUCCAGAUCCCCUGGCCGAGCACUAAAAAGUACCCGCCGAUCUGCCUCUGCUUCGCACCAGGUUGACAUUAAGGAAAUGAGGAAGGAGGUGCUAGAAGUGAAGUUGACUCCACUGGUGUUGCCAUUUAGAAAUAGCAUCAACAGAUACAAUGGCGAGCCUGAGCACAGAGAGAGGAAUGACAUACCUCACCAAAACACGCAGGAAAAAUUCCAUAUGUCUGAAGAAAGUAGUUAUAUACCUGCACAGUACAGCCUUCGUCCAAGAAGAGAAGAAACCAAGUUGAAAGAAAUAGAUUCUAUGGAAGAAAAAAUUGUUACAAGAGCAUCUCCAUCGCUGAGAACCUUUGAAGUGACAGCUGCACAGAAGAAGGACUUAGAGUUUGGAGGAGUACCUGGUGUGUUUCUCAUCAUGCUCGGCCUGCCUGCCUUCCUCUUCCUGCUGCUGCUGCUGUGUACACAGGAAGAGCCCAGUCUUCUGAAUUUCCCACCUCCUUUGCCAGCUCUGUAUGAAUUAUGGGAAACCAGAGUGUUCGGUGUCUACCUCCUCUGGUUUUUUGUCCAGGCUCUGUUCUACUUGCUGCCAAUUGGGAAGGUUGUAGAAGGAACACCUCUUUCCGAUGGAAGAAGACUCAAGUAUAGAUUAAAUGGAUUCUAUGCUUUUAUCCUCACGGCUGCUGUUGUUGGAGCAUCUCUCUUCUGGGGCGUAACGCUCUCUUAUGUGUAUGAUCAUUUCCUUCAGUUAGCACUGGCAGCCAUUGUGUUUUCUGUGCUCUUGAGUGUUUAUCUCUACAUGCGGGCUUUGCGAGCACCCUGGGAUGAACUGUCGCCGGCCAGCUCUGGAAACGUCAUCUAUGAUUUCUUCAUUGGCCGUGAAUUAAAUCCUCGGAUUGGUAUUUUUGAUCUGAAAUACUUUUGUGAAUUGCGCCCUGGAUUGAUCGGAUGGGUGGUUAUUAACUUGGUGAUGCUUUUGACUGAGAUGAAGGAUCGCGAUCAUGCAACUCCGUCCCUGGCGAUGAUUUUGGUUAAUAGUUUCCAGCUCUUAUAUGUGGUGGAUGCACUCUGGAAUGAGGAAGCAGUGUUGACCACCAUGGACAUUACCCAGGACGGAUUUGGGUUCAUGCUGGCUUUCGGGGACCUAGUGUGGGUUCCAUUCAUCUACAGCUUCCAAGCCUUUUAUUUAGUCCAUCAUCCAAACGAAGUGUCUUGGCCGGUGGCUUCUCUAAUUAUUGCUGUGAAACUUUGUGGAUAUGUCAUCUUUCGAUGUGCAAAUUCUCAGAAAAAUGCAUUCCGGAAAAAUCCCACUGAUCCAAAGCUUGCACAUUUAAAAAUCAUCCAUACUUCAACAGGAAAAAAUCUUCUGGUUUCUGGAUGGUGGGGCUUUGUUCGACACCCCAAUUACUUGGGUGAUCUCAUCAUGGCCCUGGCGUGGUCCCUUCCAUGUGGUUUUAAUCACAUUCUGCCUUAUUUCUAUGUGAUUUACUUCACCGUGCUGCUUGUCCACCGAGAAGCCCGCGAUGAGCGCCAGUGUAAGAAGAAAUACGGUGUGGCGUGGGAGAAGUACUGCCAGCGCGUGCCUUACCGUAUAGUUCCUUACGUUUACUGAUUCUGGGCUAGCCCGUUUCUUAAAUGCUCCCGCAGCUCUGCCUUCCGUUUGCAAAACCAAGGGAAAAAAAAUUCCAAAAAGGAACCUUCCUUUGCACUGAGAGGAUCUCUGGGCUUCUUUUUCUUUUCAAGUCAGGACGAUAGAGCCAAGUAGUCUUGAUUAAAUCAUUAACAUUGACAGAAGGAAAAAUAUAAAUAAAGGUGGUAAGAUGUCUCAUUCUAAUAGGAAAUGUUCAAUCCUUAAAACUCUGUACACAGAAAACAGUCUUAAAAAUGCACUGGGAAGAGUACUAUUGAUGUUUAUGGGUUUUGAUUGUUUUUCAGAUUUUGAUCUUUUUGUUUUCUCAGUUGCUUCUUAAAUGAAAACACUUACAUUUAAAGUCCAUGUAUGUUUUAUUGUAUUGAGAGUAGGAUUUUCAUUCAUUUCCCUUUAUAGUAAAUCGUUUACUAGUUAAUGUGAUUUGAAAAUAAGAACCAGAUUUAUAUUAAAUGCUGUAUGUGAAGAAGGUUGAAAGAUUAUUAUUAGUAAGCACUGGUUUAAGGGAAACCAUUAAGUAUUUUGCUUAACCUAAACUUCUAAAACUAUGUUUGAAAAUGUAAAUACAUAGCUUUUAUGUAAUAUAUGGUGACUUCAGAUUUUUCUGUACAGUAUUUUGAAUGUGGAAUAAUUGUCAGGAUGAAAUAUCUUUUUAACAAAAACAUUUGCAGUAUUUUAAAUUAAGUUUUGUAAAGUAACACAUAUGAAGUAAAAUUUUUGAAACAAUUAGAAUUCAUUUACUAUUGUGUUAAGGAUGCUAUUAAGACAUAGGAGGGGUAUUUUUCUUAAUCCAAAGUUUGCGAAUUUGGCUUUUCUACCUCAAUUGCAGGUGUUUGCCUUUAUAAACUUUUGCAAAUAGAAAAAAAUAGAAUAAAUAUAUAUUUUUGGAGUAACAUCACUAUUUAAACAUUUUUACACACACUGGUGGUUGAAAAUUUGCCAUUUCUGGAUAAUAUUUUUGUAUGUUUUUGACUUUUUUAAUUGAAGUGUGUUUUUGCUACUGUUUAGCUCAUGCAGUUUAUACUGUAUUUUGUAUAUCCUUUGUAUUUACAGAACUCUACUCCCUAUAAAGGAAGUGUUGUGUUCAUCUUUAGAAGUCUAUUCAUCUAAAAACAAUUUAAGGGACUAGUUUAAAAUCAUUUCUUUCUUUAGUUUAAUAGAUGUGAAUAAGGUAGCUUUAGCUAUUAAACUCUAGUUAAGUUGCUAUAGCCUCACUGUUAAUUGUUCUGUGAUGGGAGAGCAGAAUCACUCAACUCACCGUCCUCAGAAUCGGCACCACAGGGGGAUGUAAUCAAUUCAAUGUACAUGUUGGGUUUUUAAUUAUACAUUUUAUAUGUGAGCCAUUUGGAUACCAGUGUUCAUAAUUUAGCUCAUGUUGUUGUGAUCAUGGGGCUGGGUGCUCUAGCAUUCUGCGUCCGGUAGUCUCACACACUGUUCCGGUGACAUUGGCAGUAGCAUUAGUACUAUGCAUGCAGGCAGGUUUUUGUUACGCUGCUCUCCUGGCACCAGAAAGUGGUGUCCCAGAUGAGAUGCACCACGGGAAUGGGGGGGGGGGGGGAGGAAGGCCUUUCACCUCCCUGAUGGAGAAGGGAGCCUGUUACUAGCACAGUGCUGCAGUUUCUGGGUACCAGCUAUAAUUUGUUUUUGACAUGUUUAUUUGACAAGUUUUAUAAUGCAGUUUUUUAAGUUGGAAAUAAAGUUGAAAUGAAAAGAUG